AGUAGACUAUUUUAUUUAGUCUGUUUUUGACAGUCGAGGAAGUUAUAAGUGUGUAUAGAUCGGUAGUGCAAAAUUAUUUUGAAAAAAUGCCGAAGAAGCUAAAAGUUGUAGUUAAAUCUCUGUAUUCUCACGAGAUCCGAAAGGACGUGAGCUUGAAAGACCUGAAAUCUCUUAAACUGGAAGAAGCAUGGCCUUUCAUCCGAGAUGAAAUAGAAAUCGAGAUAGGUAGCAGCCAGUUAGUUUGCAUCCCUCACAUAACAGAAGCAGAGUUGUACAAAGUUACGUCUCUUUUCGUUCAAAACGAAAAGCAGAAGGACGGUAAAAUGUUCACUCCCUUGGGUGAAUUACGAAAGAAUAUUAUUAAGGAAAAAUCUAACCCCGCUAUUGUGAAAUGGCUGGAGGAGAGUAAUUUUAUAGACCCGGAUUUUAAGUUUCCUCAUGAAAGCGUCAAGAUCACACUGCAAGACGAAGCGAUCAAGAAUAAAGUGCGUGUGAUUAUGGUAAAUUUCUCAGGCACCAUUGUUCCCAAAGAUAAAGAAUUACUCAACAACAUCUACUUGGAUGUUAAGAAUAUCAAAGCUCUUCAAGGUAAGAAGUCCGUGUACAUGAUUACCAACGUGCUCAUGGCCAAGACCAUUGAGUUCCGCGUGACGCGCGGCACGUCUUCAAGGAUCUUCCAUCUCGGUAACGCUUCGCCUCUCGUCUUCGGUUUGGAAGAGUACCUUAUCGGCAACGAUGGCAAACUCAUUGCUAAGGAACCAGUAAGCAUCAGGUCUAAAACAUUGAUGUGGCAGAAGGUUGAUCCUUCAGAUCAUCUCUACGUUCCUGAGCCUAAGGAAGGUGCUUGCAAAGUUUAGAUUGAAAUUAUUGUUUGCUGUAGCACGCUUGUGUGGUCCAUUCUACUUAAACUUAUCAUCUUAUUUAGCUCUUAUAAAUCUUUGUGCACUUUGCAAUUUUUAACACGUUUAUAUAUAUUGUAUCCAUAGAACUCAAUGUGUAUAAUAUAUGGAUAGCAAUAGCAUCAACAAGACAUAAAUAUAACUAAAAAAAAUAUAGCUAAGUAAAGUAGCUCUUAAAUACUAUAUCCACCACACUACCAGUGGUUUGCUUAGUGGUACGAUGGGUCCCGCGAGCAUUAGUUAACCACCUUGUGACUAGUACAUACAUAGGUAUAGUAACUUAUUAUAUAUUUAUAUAUGAAUGAGUAGAUUUGGAAUUUAUUAUCCUCCCUAACCUCAGCAAAAAAGCAGAAACCAUAACAGCCAACAAAAACAUUUUGGAUAAAAAACUCUUAAUGCAAUGUUAUUUCCGUAGCGAGUACUAGAAGUCCAAAUGGCGUUUUGUAAAACUUUUUUGUAGUAGCGUGUGUGCCGACUACCGAUAGGUAGUGCUUAAAAUACUUUGCACG